UUCCUCUCAACAACACCUGACUUCUGCUCGUCUGCUCGUACGCUGAACAAUGCCGGUGUGAACUCCACAAACUACCUCCUUUAACCUGCCUGCAUUUUGAGUUUCCCACUAAUGAAACAUGGAAGAGCGUGCUGCACCGUGUCGGACCCGCUGAAUUCUGUUUUGUUGAGGGCGAUAACUUUAAAAACCUCAAGUCUCCAGAAAGGAUCUGCGACCUGUCAUCACCUCUCCCAGUGAGUGUGUGUGUGUCUGGGCACAGCUGCAGUUCUGUCACUUUGUGCUUCCAGAGCGCCCUCAGCAUCCACAAAAAACACCAAGGGACCACAGGCUGCAGGAUUAGAGUGAAGAAUGGGGUCAUCUGUUGCCCUGUCCGCCCUGCUGCUUGUUCUGGACUUAACCACUAAUGUAUGGAGUCUGAACCCCGAUGACCCCAAUGUUUGCAGUCACUGGGAGAGCUACGCUGUGACUGUCCAGGAAUCCUACGCUCACCCAUUUGACCAGAUCUACUACACCAGAUGCACAGACAUCCUCAACUGGUUUAAAUGCACAAGGCACCGGAUCAGCUAUAAGACGGCUUAUCGGCGGGGAGUGAGGACCAUGUAUAGGCGCCGCUCACAGUGUUGCCCUGGUUACUUUGAGAGCGGAGACUUGUGUGUUCCUCUGUGCACAGAGGAGUGUGUCCAUGGCCGCUGUGUGUCUCCCGAUACAUGCCAGUGUGAGCCCGGAUGGGGCGGACUGGACUGCUCCAGUGGCUGUGAGAGUGACUACUGGGGACCUCAUUGCAGUAAUCGAUGCCAGUGCCAAAAUGGGGCUAAGUGUAACCCCAUCACAGGUGCCUGUGUCUGCACUGAUGGGUACCAGGGAUGGCGAUGUGAGGAGCUCUGUGAGCACGGUUACUAUGGCAAGGCAUGCCAACUACCCUGCCAGUGUCUCAAUGGUGCCACCUGCAACCACGAGACAGGAGAGUGCAUCUGUGCACCGGGGUACUCAGGGGCUUUCUGCGGAGAGCGCUGCCCCUCCGGUAGUCACGGGCCUCAGUGUGAGCAGCGCUGCCCCUGUCAGAACGGAGGGACGUGCCACCACAUCACUGGAGACUGCUCCUGCCCCACCGGGUGGACGGGUUCAGUUUGCGCCCAGCCGUGCCCUCUUGGCAAGUACGGCAUCAACUGCAGCAAGGACUGUUCCUGUCGUAAUGGCGGACUGUGCGACCAUGUCACGGGGCAGUGCCAGUGCGCAGCUGGCUUCAGUGGACGCAGGUGUCAGGAUGACUGUCCUGUGGGCACUUUUGGUCCGCAGUGUAACCAGAAGUGUGAGUGUCAGAAUGGAGCCAAGUGUCACCAUAUCAAUGGAGCCUGUCUGUGUGAAACAGGGUUUAAAGGCCCUAAUUGCCAAGAGAGAUUCUGUCCCCCAGGCCUCUACGGCCUCAUCUGUGACAAGUACUGCCCCUGUAAUACCACCAACACUGUGAGCUGCCACCCGCUUUCUGGUGAAUGCACCUGCUCUGCGGGAUGGACAGGGCUUUACUGUAAUGAGACCUGCCCUCCUGGAUUCUACGGAGAGGGAUGCAUGCUGCCUUGUAGCUGCACCAACGGAGCCGACUGCCAUCCUGUCACAGGCACCUGUAUAUGUGCCCCUGGGUUCAUGGGUGAGGACUGUGCUACAGUGUGUCCUCCUGGUCUAUAUGGACCAAGCUGCAUGUCCACCUGCUCCUGCCAUAAUCACGCUUCCUGCUCUCCAGUCGACGGCUCUUGCAUCUGCAGGGAAGGCUGGCAGGGUGUGGACUGCUCCAUCCUCUGUUCCAGUGGUUCAUGGGGUCUGGGCUGUAAUCAAACAUGCUUAUGUGGCAAUGGAGCUGCAUGUGACCCUAUAGAUGGCACCUGUACAUGCUCACCUGGGUGGAGGGGAGAGCACUGUGACGAAUCCUGCCCUGAUGGCACCUAUGGGUUGGAGUGUCGUGAGCGCUGUGACUGUAGCCAUGCUGAUGGCUGUGAUCCAGUGAGUGGCUACUGCCGCUGCUACCCCGGCUGGACAGGAAUCCACUGUGAUAAUGUGUGCCCACAAGGCUUCUGGGGACCCAACUGUUCAGUCAGCUGUUCCUGUCAGAACGGAGGAUCCUGCUCUCCAGAGGACGGUACAUGUGUGUGUGCACCUGGAUACAGAGGGACAUCCUGCAAAAGAAUCUGCUCUCCAGGGUUCUACGGGCAUCGCUGCAGCCAGUCGUGUCCGCAGUGUGUGCACAGCACCGGGCCGUGCCAUCAUGUCACAGGCCACUGUGAGUGCCUGUCUGGCUUUUCUGGCUCUCUAUGCAACCAAGUGUGUCCAAGUGGCAGGUAUGGUAGGGCCUGCGCCGAGAUCUGUCUCUGUACCAACAACGGCACCUGCAACCCCAUCGAUGGCUCCUGCCAGUGCUUCCCUGGUUGGAUAGGAGAUGAUUGCUCUCAGGCCUGUCCCUCUGGGCACUGGGGCCCUGAUUGUCUCAACUCGUGUAACUGUCACAACGGAGCCCAGUGCAGUGCCUACGAUGGGGAGUGCAGGUGCAGCCCCGGCUGGACCGGACUCUACUGCACGCAGCGCUGUCCUUCAGGGUUCUACGGCAGGGAUUGCGCUGAAGUCUGUCGCUGCCAAAACGGCGCCGACUGUGACCACAUCACUGGCCAGUGCGCCUGUCGAACGGGCUUCAUCGGGACGAGCUGUGAGCAGAAGUGUCCUGCUGGUACAUUUGGAUAUGGCUGCCAGCAGCUGUGUGAGUGCCUGAACAACGCUACCUGUGACUAUGUGACUGGAACGUGCUACUGCAGCCCCGGAUAUAAAGGCAUCCGUUGUGAUCAAGCAGCUCUGAUGAUGGAGGAGCUGAACCCGUACACUAAGAUUAGCCCAGCGCGAGGCUCGGAGCGCCAGUCUGCAGGGGCUGUCAUGGGCAUCAUCUUUCUGCUCCUCAUCAUCAUGGCCAUGCUCAGUCUGUUUGUGUGGUACAGACAGAGGCAGAGAGAUAAAGGCCAUGAGAUCCAGCCAAGUGUGUCCUACACACAGGCAAUGCAUAUCACCAACACAGACUACUCCCUGUCUGAGUGUGGCAGUACUGUAGCGAUGAGGACCAGCGCUGCUGAGGUCAGUCAGAGCCAGGGCGGCAGCAGCAGUGGCCAAUGCUUCUCCAACCCCAGUUACCACACUGUGGCCCAGUGUAAUGUUGUCUCAACCAUCUCCAACAACCUGGAUGGCACUCUGACCCUCAAAUCGAGCACUCUGAAAAGCCGAAAUGGCUCAGAAUGGAGAGCCUACUGCAACCUCAACGACAUAGAUGUUCAACAAGGGGAGACGCAGACGCAGAGAGGCUCCAAAAAAGAUUACAUCAAGGGCUCCAUGUGCAGCAACAGCUCCUGCUCCCUGAAUAGUGAGAAUCCAUACGCCACCAUUAGAGACCCACCAGGGCUGGCUUGCAAGCACACAGAGAGCAGCUAUGUGGAGAUGAAGUCCCCCUCCCACCGUGAAGUGCCCUUUGGAGGCACUGCCACCCUCCUGGGCAGUGCGAGCAGGAAUGUCUAUGAUGUUGAGCCAACGGUGAGCGUCCUGCAGGGACCCAAUGGAAUGGCCACCGGCUUCUCCCAGAGCCCCUAUGACCUCCCCCGCAGCAGCCACAUCCCCAGUCACUACGACAUACUGCCCAUGCGUCACAGCCCCACGCACACACCCCCGCCACCCCCAGAAAGCCCCAGCUCUCUGCUCUAGAGGGCACACCCUCCGCCUGGCUCUGACAGGGUGCCGGCAUCCAGGCAACAUUCAGCCAACUUUCAACCAACGGCCCUCCCUCUGUCUCUGAGUGUGUUCAAUUAGAUACUGAGAUGUUGAGAUGGAGGGACAGCCACAGCUCCUCUGGACCCUGCUCUCUUUGGCUCCCUCACUUACACUCUUUCUGUGGCCCUGGAGGAGGGAGGGGAGGAAAGAGUGUCCCACACACCAGCGACCAUUCACCCAUUUUAUUUUCUUAUAGAACUGAUCACUCAAGGUGCUGCCCGGCCUCUUUAUGGACCUCCUGAAGUGGAACAUAAUGGUUCCAAACAGUGCUAAGGGCAGCAUACGUGGAUUGAGUGGACAGAUUAUUUACAGGGAGAGAGCUAUCCUCACGCUCAUUUUUAGCCCAUGAUAUAGGUUUACUAUUCAAGGGCAGCCGAGUGUUUAUAAUGCCCCCUAAACAGAAGUGAUUUUCUCCACAGGAAGGAAGAUAUAGCAACCUUGACCGUUUCAAAGCAGGUGAAGAUUUAUAACAUACAGACAUCAGAGUUUAUGAAUUGUCACUGUGUGCAGCAGCUGCAGAUCACAGUACAGCUGACAUGAAGAGAUUACAAUCAUUUGCUCUGAGGUUAAGAAGAGUUCAGUCAAAUAGUGGAUUAUUCUCUGCUCUAAAUGUUAAACACAGACACACGGUCAGCAGUGAGCCAAGUCCGCUGAAGCAUGGAUAAAUAGUAAACUAUUGUAAUGGUCCUUUAUUCACUGUUAUCCAGUAAUGAUCAGACACUAAAUACUAAGAUGAUCACUGUCUGUAGCUCAGUAGCUUCUUUUAAGUUGCAGUGUUAAUGAGGCCUGUCUGGAGAUACAAUCAGGCCACCAGUGUUUAAGCGUCAAAGGUCCAAUGUGUAGGACUUACAGGGAUAUAUUGGCAGAAAUAAAUAAUAAGUAUGUUUUCCUCAGUGUAUAAUCACCUGAAAACAAGAAUCACUGCAUUUUCGUUACCUUAGAAUGAGACGUUUAUAUCUACAUAGGGAGCGGGUCCUCUUCUACAGAGAUUGCCAUGUUGCCCCGCCAGGUUUCUACUGUAGCCCAGAAUGGAAAAAUCAAACACCAGCUCUAGAUAGGACCAUUGGUGUUUUCGUGCUUUUGCAAUGGGCGCAUCGGAAAAACACAAUUUUUUUAACAUGAAACUGGUUUAUUCAGUGUUUGUACUGGUUUAAAUCAGCAGGUCUGCUUGUUUUGGAGAGGAGGAGACCUUUGUGAAUAAUUUUCCCCCUGAUAAAAUCUGGAUCUGAUAUUAUCAGAGAAAAACCGUGAGCACAGAUUAGCAGGUGCUUCGUUAGCUGCCUGUCUCUGACAUGCCAAAUAGCAUCGGAGCUAAACGGACUAAACGCCUCGAUCACAAAAAAGCUGUGCACACAUUAAGUUAUCAGAGAAAAUAAGUGAGCACGCAUUUGCAGGUGCUGGGCAAGCGGCCAGCUGCGAUGUGCCAAACUGUGUAGGAGAAACACUGAUUUGUAAAGUCAAACUGCUUUAUUCAGUGUUUUUACCAGUUUUAAUCACCAGGUCUAUUUGUCUUGGAGAGGAAGAGACCUUUGCGAAUCAUUCAGCUCCCAAUAAAACCCCCCUAAAGAUCUGGAUCUUAAGUUAUCAGAGAAAAACGGUGAGCACAGAUUAGCAGGUGCUACGCUAGUGCAAUGGUUUUAAUUACGAGAUCCGUUUGUCUUGGAGGGGAAGAGACCUCUGCGGAUAAUUCAACUCCCAGUAAAAACCUCAUAAACAAUAAACAAUGAAAGAAUCUUAACCGGGAGAAGUUUCAGCUGGUUGCAAUCUGUAAUCCUCACCACUAGAUGCCACAAAAUCCCCUUAAAUCCUGCACACUGGACCUUUAAAGGCAUUAUUAAGAGAUAAACACAUAGAGUAGGUCUCAAGUUCAGAUUUUUCCCCCCACACUGAUGAAGUGAUCAGAUAUUGUGUUGUUUUCUAUGUGAGAGCAUUUUUCUUGCAAAUGUCUUAGUUUACAUUUUUAAAAUAUUGGGUGUUAAGAAGGGAUUGCUUUGACUUUUUCCGUUUUGUAUUUAUAAAGCUAAUUGCUUUAUUUAUUAAUUUAUAUUAGUGAUGGUGACUUUUUAUCAAUGUGACACUAGAAUUAAACAACAACAAAAAAAAAAAGAUGAGCAUGAUCAGAUUAUGGAUACCCACCGAUGUAGAUAACACACAAUUUAUCUUCUUGUGAGAUGAUCAGUGUCAUUUUGUGUGUGUUUUUUGAAGUUACUUAAAAUGUUCUUUCUCUCUCUCUCUCUGUCAGAUUGUAAAUUGAAAAUAAGGGUUCAUAUGACUCACAAAGACCCACAAAUACCCUGUGCAGUAUUUACAAACGGAACCACACUGUAUGUAAAAAAAAAAAAAAAAAGUCCAUUUCUGAAAUAUUUUAUGUUUAUAUCAGGCAAAUUAACUAAUUUAUUAAUUUAACUUUAUUCAUUCACUAUGUGAAUUCCAUUUCACCCUCUGUAGAAGCAAUAACAUGUUGACAAUCGAUGCCCAGACAGCGUUUCAUUAGUGCUGGACAUUAUGCCAUCUUUGACCAGUGUGGUGACAGUGGAUCAUAUUUUAUGUGACUAUUUUUCCUCCGAGGAAGGUUUUUCCAGUUGCUGUCAUAUCAAUGCUGCUUGUUGUUUUGGUACUUAAGUUUCAAAUUAAAAGCCUAUUCUGCCAUCAGAAACCUGUUUGGGUCAGGUUAAUACCCCGGAUAGAUAGGCGAGGAAUUUACUUGUCAUUUCAGGGGUUAGACAGGAUAUAUCUGUGAAUUCUGAAACAUCACGACAGUGGAUGCUGACAAGAUUAAUGAAAGAUUCCACUCUAACAAAUAAGAAAUGUUAUUUAAGUGUGUUAGUGGGUGCCAGAAUGUUGUCUAGAGUCUAUAUAAAGUGAAGAAAAUCAUGGUCACACAUUAUUUUUAUUAGACAUGUUCCAGAUUCAUGAAUAGGGACAUUUUGUCAAAGUGCUCUCAUUUUAAAUAAGCUUUUCAGAGGAGUGACAACUACAAGAUUUACACAUGGUAGGCUUCACAGUUGUGUACGACUUGUGAUUUGAACAGCAUUUUAUUGUUUUAAAGGUCUGUGAAGAUGUUUUUAAGAUGUAAUUUUAUUUCUCUCUAAACAUUUUUAUGUAUGAAUUAUAUGAUAAAUAUGAUGUAUAGCUUUAUAUACAACUGCCCAACAGUGUA